AUGGUGCGUAUAACCCUUUUCCUUGCUUUGCUUACCGAAGAGCCAAAGGACUUUAACCAGCACUUCUCACCUCGGCACAACAAACCCUGGGGGCGCAGCCUAAAUUCUUUCGGCCUUAGCUUUUCUCCUCUCUCGGGCCUGGCGCAGGGAAAGGGCGAACGUCACUUACGGCAGGAGUUUGGGAGCGAUGCUCAAACACAGCACGGGCUCCGGAGAGCCCCUCGCCCGGCGGCGCCGGGAUUCCAAGGAGAACGCUUUGGGGGCGGGGAACGCGCUUUACGCCACCCCCCCGGCGGGGGAACCCCGGCCCGGCACCGCGCCCCGCGCCCCGCCACGGCUCCGGGGGCCGCUCCGCCCCCUCCGCCCGCCCCCUCCCGCCUGCAGCGGGGCGAGGCCCGCUACCCCGAGCGGCGGCUGUCCGGGGGGCAGUCCCGGCCCGCGGUGUCCCGGUAUCCCGGCUGUCCCGGUGUCCCGGCCCUCACCGCUGGCGCCGCUCCCUCCGCGCUCGCAGGGCCGCGCUGUGGGCCCGGCUGCCUCCCAGCGCUUCCGCCCGGGCGCGCGCCGCUUCCGGGCUCGGCCUGCCGUGUCGGGGCCUGGCGGUGCUGUUGGACAGCGGCUGAUCGUGAGCCGGCCUGUGCCCAGGCGGCCGGGAAUGCCAGGCACAUCCCGGCCUGUACCGGGAAUAGCGUGUCCAGCGGGACCAGGGCAGUGAUAGUCCCCCUGUACUCGGCGAGGGUUACGUCUUUUCAAGGAGUCGCUGUUCGCAGCCUCAGCACAUCCUCCCCUCACGAACACCCAGAACACGGAAGAUUAGUUUAUAAAGGAAAUUUGGCAAAGACAGUGUUAGGUGUGAGGUUUUUCUCUUACUCCACCAGCGUAUUCAACCUGCUCAUGAUGCCCUACAUCAUGCUCAAAAGCGGUAUUGGAGUGGAAAGUCUGCUUAUCCAGGCUGCCUUUUAUGGGGUGAUCGGGUUUUUUACGUUUGUAACUCCGAUAACUCUGCAUGUCCUUACAAAAGGUUACGUGAUCCGGCUCUAUUACAAAGAUGAAAAGGACACCUAUACAGCCAUUACCUACAAUGCCAUCUUGGCAGAAAAAGCGACUGUUUUCCAUCAGAAAGAUGUAAAGAUUCCAGACAUCACCAAGAUGUUUACAACAUUUUACGCUAAAACAAAAUCAAUGCUUGUUAAUCCGACACUUUUUCCGAAUCCUCAGGACUAUAACCAUCUCAUGGGCUAUGACAAAUCACCCCCUUUUAAGUUCGAGGAGUUAAAGGAAGCUGAUGAAAGGAAAUAAUUUGAAGAUAAUGAACAUCAGUAUCAUUGUUCUUAAUGCAGUGCUAUGUAUGUAAAAGAACGUAAAAUUCUAUUACAGUUUCUUAAGUCAGGUAGCUGGAGUUUUCCAAAUGCAUUUUGGAAUGUAUUAAAAGGACACUUUUUUAAAAUAUUAUAAACAAUGUGACGGUUUCUUCAGAGUUAAUGACAUAAAAUGUAGUAAAAAAAGGGUGCUUA